AUGAUGUCAUCCGCGAGUGUAUCACCCGUUGAACAGAUCGCACCGCCCGUAGAGCUCAGCAAACCGUUAACCAUCGAUGAGCGCCAAUUGAUGACUCCCGGGCCCACUAAUGUCAGCCAACGGGUGCUCAGGGCUUGUGGUUUGCCUGUUGUUAAUCAUAUGGAUCCGCAAUUUUUCAAAGUACUCAACACUUUCACCAAUCUGAAUGAAAAUGAUGGGUAUAACAAAACAACUGUUAUCAUGAUCUCUCCCUAUGUACAGGUGCUCCGAGACGUGUCGGCCGGCAUUCGUUACGUGUUUCAAACUCGCAACCAAUACUCGUUGGCCAUCACUGGGUCGGGUACGUGCGCUAUGGAGGCCGCCAUUUGUAAUCUACUGGAGAGGGGCGACACCUUUCUGGUGCUGUCGCACGGCUUAUGGGGCGAGAGAGUGGCCAUUAUUGGCCGCAAACGCGGCUAUAAUGUGGUUGAGCUAAAGAUUGGCAAAUUGGGCGAUGUUUUCAGUUUGAAACAAAUUGAAGAGGCUAUAGUAGAGCACAAGCCAAAGGUGUUGUACGUAUGUCACGGGGACUCCAGUGUCGGUACACUUCAGCCGAUGGACAAUAUCGGUCGCGUUUGCCAUCAAAACGGGUGUCUAUUAUUGGUGGACGCCGUGGUAUCGCUGUGUAGCGCACCGCUAGACACGGAUCGGUUGGACAUCGAUGUGGUUUAUUGCGCCGCUCAGAAGGCUCUGUCCGGUCCGCCCGGAGUAUCGAUGAUUAGCCUCAACGACAGGGCUGUCCAACACGUUAAAAACCGUCGGACAGACGUUGACUCCUAUUAUAUGGACAUCAAUUGGUUGGCCAAAGCCUGGGGUCUGGACGACGACAAUAACCACCAGUUUGUAUACCAUUACACGCCCGCCGUUUCCCUUAUGUAUGGUUUAAGGGAAGCGCUGGCGAUGGUGGCCGAGGAGGGCAUCAGUCGCACAGUUGACAGACAUAUGAAGUCCAGUCUAAUUGUUCAAAAACAUAUCUCAUCUCUGGGUCUGAAGUUUUUGGUUGAAAAGCCUGAGCACCGGUUGCCGCCCAUACUAUCGGUGCUCAUUCCCAAUGACGUGAACGGCAAUGAAGUGAUCAAACAUUUGUUGGAUUUCUAUAACAUUACAAUCGCUGGGGGUUUGGGUCCGACCGCCGGCAAGAUCUGGAGGAUAGGCUUUCUCGGCGUUAACGCCAACGACCAAAGUGUAGGCGUUUUGUGUCGGGCUUUGAGUGACGCGAUCGCCGACCAGAGAAAGAAAUCACCAAAACUAUAGACUAUUUGUGUUGUUUUAAAUUGUAUUUUUAUUUCUCAAUUUUAUUUGCAAAUUAAACAUUAUUUGUAUUUUAUUUUUAUUAUUAUAUAAAUGAGAGUUAUUUUCUUAUUACCACUCUGUUUUAUU